GUCAGUAAUAAUGGAGCCCAGCAGUCCGAAGAAGAUCCAGUUUGCUGUCCCUCCGCUGCAGGGACAGCUGGACCCACAGGCCGCCGAACAUAUCCGUCGCAGAAGACCAACUCCUGCUACUCUGCAGAUCUACAGACAACCUGGCACAGAUGCUGGAGAUCAACACAACGCCAGCGGAGAGACACAGACUUCAGAGUCGUCUCAGAGGAAGCAGAGCACCUUCGCCCCGCCCACCAUGAAAGAGCUUCAACUGGGGGUGGAGCAGCACCUUCUGGGGGCGGGGCUCUGUGACACAGACAGCCAGCUGAGCCCAAUCACAGCACAGCUCUAUGCCACCGCCUCCCUGUGGGCCAAUCACAACGGUCCAGAGGAAGCCAAUGGGAAUGAGGCGGGUCUGCUGUUAGCCAAUCAGGAAAGAGGAAUGGCAGAGAGCAACAGUUCAGGGGUCCCAUCUGUGUGUGUAGGGAAGCUGAAAAGUUCUGUACCCGAGGAAGACGAGGAGGAAGCCAACCUUCAGGACGACUGAUUCAGGAACGAAAUCUCAGCACAAAAGUGGCGGCCAAUCUUCGCCGAUCUGGACAAACCGACGGCCUCUGGCGUCCAUCUUGAGUGUAGCACCUACAAGAACCAGACAUCGAUCAGCGCGAGUGUUCAUGGACAAAACCGCUAACGUUUAGUUAGAGUCAAACCGGCUUCACUCUAGGACAGGAAACAGCUGACUUAGCACAUUCACUUCAACACGACUCCACUGAUGUCUAACCCCAAAUAUCAUGCUCAUCAACAUUUUAAUGUACCUUUGUUUGUCCCGUUUUCAGUUUAUGAAUAUGGUGGAAGCAUAAUCCCAACAGUUAACCUCAAACAGCCGCCAUUUUAGCACUUUUGGCGGGAAACUCGUGAACCCUGGAAUAACUUGUUUUAAUGCUGCGAGCUAAAUAACUUUGAUGUCAUUAUCAUUUCAAAAUACACGCACCGAAUCUGAAAGUUUAAUUUUAUAUUUGUUCUGCUAGCUAGCUACUACAGUUUAGCCAGGAUAGCUAGCUAGCAAUGGUUAACCACACGUUAGUGCUAGUUAGUUACUACAGUUAUAGAUAUAGCUACUUCAUUGUCAGCAUUAAGUGUCAGUUUACUCUAAAUUAAAUUAAAAUAGAAAAAAACAAUAAUCUUUACAGUUAAAAAACAGUUUAACAUUUGUUUCUGAACUAGCUAAUUGCUAGCUUGCUAACUACAUACAUGACUGAAGAAAUAUCGCAGGUAUUUUCAAGGUUGUUUCCCUCCCCAAAUUUUCAUAAACCACUCUGUGAUCAGGAAUUUGCAGGUGGUUGACACAACAGCUAACACCUACAAUAUACUUAUUUAAAAAAAAAAGAAGUAAUGCAAUAAAUAACAUAACUGUUUAGCUCAUUAAUGUGGAUUAUGAGGCACUGUAGCCUACAGUCAUUUUUCAAAGCAAACAUUUUGACAAUGUAAUUAACAUUAACGAUGCCAGCACUUAUUUGAUUAUCAUUGUUAUGAGAUUUUUCCUUCGGUCAAAAAACCUGCUGUGAAAAAAAGUCAGUUAUAUCGAUAAAUUUGGGUUUCACAACUUUUACAGAUCCCAAGUGAAAUAUCAGUUUACAGUUGACCAGCACAGGUUUUGAUUCAUUUUUUAAAUAAACAUUAAUUUGGGGGUGAUGAAUCAGAUUACUUCAAAGUAAUUUUUGUUGAAUCAAUGAUUUGUUCUUUCAUCUUGUUCCUCUGUAUAUGCAGUAUGUAAUCCUGUUUGUCACAAUAACAGCAAUAAAAUGUCAGCAUUGAUUUCUAUACAUAACAGAUAAUAGGGUAUAAAAUGUGUGCUAUUGCAAUGUCCUAAGAUUACGACAACUUCU